AUGGACGCAAGAACUUUGUCCAUUUUCUUUUUACUUCUAACGCCAGUUGUUAUUAAACCUUGGCAAACACUGGACACAGAAUCGAGUCGAGAAAUUCAAAGACAUUUACAUUACCAUGCGAAACGACAUAUGUUACCCCGAGAUAGUGAAAGAAAAAGCCAAAUAACCACGAAAAGAUCAAAAGAAUUCAGAAAAAAGCCUUCAGGGCAUCUCAAGCCACUCCAAGAAGAUGAUAUGGAAAACGAUGAAUUCAUCUCCGUAGCCAUUGGGCCACCAGCAAUACGACCGUAUGAAAAAAUGGUUAAACAUCGAAACAAAACUUUUAAUCGCACAACAAAUUCUGAAGAAACAGCAGCAUCGAAACUCGUCAAAGAUGUUUUGAUACAAAUGGGAAGAGAAUUCUUAACACGUCAAGUAAAUGAAGAUUUUGUAUUCGGACAAUACGUUGGAAACUCUAUGAGAAACUUGACUAAUGAUUUGAGGCUAAAGAUGCAGCACGAAAUUUUAGAUUUAAUAGUUAAAUAUCAAAGAAUGAAUCGCGAAGGGCAGAAAACAACGUCCCUUGAAGUAAAAAAUAUGAAUACCGUGUUAAAAGAAACACAAAACGAGAAAAAAACAGCAAAUGAUACUGAAGAUGGAUGGCCUGAUUUUACUAAUUUAGCUAAGAUUGUCGGUUAG